CGUGCUGACGUCACCACUUCCACAACAACAAGAAGAAGAAGCUGAAAAACAAGGAAGUGAAGGAAAGAAGCAGCCGUAAGGUUUUUUAAAGGCCGUGACAGAGAUAUAUGAACGCGGAGCUCCUCCUUUUAUUCUGAUAUUCUUCCAGCCUCCAGAUCAUCACACAACAAUGAACAACAAAGGUUCAUAUCCUCAGCAGUCUGUGUACCCUCAGCAGAGCACUGCACCUGGAUACCCUCCUGCUAUGCAAAUGUCUCCCCAGGCUCCUCCUUACACAGACACACCACCUGCAUAUUCUGAGAUAUACCAGCCCAGAUAUGUGCUUCCACACCAGGUGCCCGGCCAGGUGGCGCAGAUGUCCUCCCACUACCCCGGCGCUCAGAUGUUUAUGCCCAUGCAGCCCCAUAUGCAGGUCGGGCAGAUGGGACAAAACGUCCCCAUGGCCUACUACCCCAUGGGAGCCGUGUACCCCCCCGGCUCCACAGUGAUGGUGGAGGGAGGCUAUGAUGCUGGUGCUCGGUUCACAGCAAGCAGCGGUGUCUCCAUCCCACCCCCCCCUCCUGGACACCCCCCCAACGCGGCCCAGCUGGCCGCCAUGCAGGGGGCCAACGUGGUAAUGGCACAGCGCAAGAACAACUUCUUCCUGGGGGGUUCCAAUGGAGGUUAUACCAUCUGGUAACACCGACUCCUUCAUGCCUAAACCGAGCCUCCCCCCGACCCAAUUGAUGCCCCCGUUCUCCCCCACCCCAUACGCCUCCCUCCCCACCCCAUACGCCUCCCUCUUCGGGCUGCUUGGCCAUGCCACAAUACUGAUAUCACCUAACGGAAUGUAAUAUGUAGAGCCCUCAGAGAGGUACAGUACUCCACUUCUGACCUAGAGAUCCCACCACGACAGCCUGGAGACGACUGACGCUAAAUUUCUAACGCCGUAGAUUUCAUUCCAUGAUCCUCGCAGGUCCGCCCCUCUCAUUCCCGGGCGGACUCUCUCAGGCGUCUGUUUCCUCCGAUCGAACGGAUCACAAAUCACAUCGAGAUGUUCGUGUAAACGCUGCGUAAAACGAAAUAUUGAAAUAUCAGAUCCGCUUCACAUAGUUUAGCUGCUUUAUGGUGAACGUGGAAUGCAGUUGCGGAGUUGCACUUAAUGCACAAAAAAAAUCCAUUUGUCCUUUUUUUGUUGAGAACUUCUAGUGUAGUUGAAUUAAUUAAUGUGUAAUAGUUACAUGUAAAUACCAGUAUGAUGAGAAAUGACAAAAAAAAAAGGAAAGCGUCCUGGAUGCUUUUAGCUAGAAUCGUCUUGUUUGCACAAUGUCCAAAAUAUCUCCGCUAAAUUGAGUCCAUGUGAUGGAUUGUAAAUCUAUACAUUUAAAAUAAGCAAAUGAUUAAAGACAAAAGAUUUCAUGCAAUAUCCAAAGUGGUUUACUGUACCUUGUUGGGCGAUUUGUAGAUGAACAUAGUCGGGUGCCAAAGAGCACCGGGGAUAGCCCUAACGUAAAUUAACUUCAGUAAACUUAAAGGAAAGAACUUUGAAGUAAAUCCAAAAGGACAGACGCGCGGGAAGGGCUGGUUGGUGUAACACGUUUUCUUUGUCUCCUGUUUCUAUUUCACAGUCGGAUACCCAGAGUUUAUACACUAAGUGUUUUUAUUGUACAGACUUCAACACCCUCCCCUCCCCCCCCCCCCCCCCCACUGUUGUUUCUCAUUUUAAAGUAUUUAUUCACGUGUGAUAGCAUUAGUUUCUUGUCAAAGCUCGAGGAGACUUUAAUAAAUAUUUCAAUGUUUCUUUUAUUUCCUUCUUUCCAUUUCCAUUAAUAUUCAAGACGUGUGAUCGAUGAGCCGCCGAACCCCCGGUUCACUUACGUUCGGUUGUGAUUUCAACAUUUAAAAAAUGUCACAAUUUAAAAGCAAACCUAUCGUAGAAUCAGCGGCACCGAGUCGCACCGCUCACUUCCUGUGAAGGAGUCACUCCUUAAGUUGUUGCUCUGUAGAAACACUUUUCAUCCGAGACGCAAAGUCAAUCGGUUUAAAGAAAGCUGAGAUCUCUGAGCGUGUGUCGAUUGGAGUCCAUCUGAGAGCGUUGUGUUUGGCUCAAUCACUGUCGGCAUCAUUCCUGUGCUUCUAAUUCAACGUCUAGAGUCUUUACGUGAUCUUGCAGAACUUUUCUCUUUUUGGGUGUGCUAUAGCGUCAAUGUGUCCCUGGGUAUCCGACACACCGGAUCAAGUGUUAACAGCUGUGGCCGCCAGGAAACAAAGUCUGCACAGCGCCAGUUAAGCGAUUUGGGUGUUAAGUGAGAGCGAGCAGCUGUCUGCACGCCAUCGUCUGAUGCCUCACACACACACACACACACACCUCCACACAUGUGUUUGGACCCAAAGGCCACAGCUGCUAACACUGAGAGGUUGUUUCCCUGCUUUGUGUGAAGCAGCGAUAUGAAUACAGCCGACAGCAGGUGCUAUGCCAACCGCCAGCAGGAGGGUUUCUCUCCGAGGGAUUACGGACAUUCAGAAGUUCAGGGAUUCCUCUUUCAAAUAUUUUGUAGGCGUGUGUACCAAAAGUGACGCGAUGACACUCUGGUUCACCUUCUAUCUUUUGAGAUUACUAAAGAGUGUGAAAAGAAGAUGGAAAUACUUUGAGGGAAGAAAAAAAAAAAAGGUACACUUAACUUUUUUUAUACUAAACUUCAAAUUUAAAAGUUUAGAAUAAAGGUUGUUUUGGGAAUUUGAAAUGCUGCAUGUUUGUUUUUGGUUUGAUUUCCAUAUAUAUAUAAACGAGGCUGUAUUAGAAGGGCAGUUUGUGACCUGGAGCACCUGCAGGUUUUACUCUGUUGUGAUUGUAGUUUCAACGUCUCCCGGCCGAAUGCAUCGCAGGAACCCGCUUCACACGAUGCUUCCACCGCCUGGCCUUCAGACCAACAUCGCCGCAGAUCUUUUGUCAUAAAUACCUUAGUUUAGUAAACAAACUGUAUGAAAGAAUCAAUAACCAAAAUACUGUCACUUUGAUAUAAAAGGUAUUGAGUCAAA